AUGCCACUCGCUGCUUCUGAGGUCCAGCGCUUGCCGCCCGAGCUUAUCUUACACGUCAUCGAGGGUCUCCUCCCAUAUGGAAGAGCGAUUCUCCCAGCCUCGUCCAGUGCGACAAAGACACUCAUAUCCUUUACUCUCGUCUCCCGGUCAACCCACGAGCUGGCAACCCGCCUACUGCGCGAACGAUGCAUGCACCUCGACUCCAGUUGGCGUCUCAGCUUGGUGCUCUUGACCAUGUCAGCGCCGCGACUUUCGACUCUCCCUUUCGUCCUCCCCCUGAAAUGCAUCACUUCGCUAUACCUCAGUCCUUUUGGCAAGCACCUAGAUGACCAGCCCAUGGCACUCUGGAUCAGAGAGCUGCUCUGCGAAGUAUGCGGCAGCCUUCGGCGGCUCGUAAUAGAUUGGCCCAUGAACACCUUGCCCCCAUGGGACGACCAUCUCAACGUGAUACCAACGUUGGCGGACGGACUCCACAGACUCGCCAAGCUGGAGGAGCUGGUCGUUCUGCGCAACUAUCCGUAUCUCAUCACAAACUGGACGAUAUUGAAAAGCCUCCGGCGCGUGGUGCUUUUCGAUGCUCAUGUCGACACAUUCCUGUUGUGGAGAGAUAUCUUUAGUUGCCGCAGCCUCGAACAAGUUAUGUUCGUUCGGCCAGCCGUCGUUGAGGUUGCGUACGUCAAAGAAAAGGCGCAAGACUUUCUAUCGGCUGCAACCUCGAAGCGACUCAAGAUCACUCUCGCCAACGUCGAGAACGAAAUGCCGGAAGUGGUGACGACGAAGUGGGCCGAACACGAUCCGGAGAACAGGAUGAUUGUGGAAAAGUACUACAUCCCGACGUCCUUCUACGGUGAUGAUGACACAAGCACUGUGUGCUGCGACUGGGUAAAGGCGGCUGCGCUGAGAGGUUCAGUUUGGGAUUGGGAGGGCCAGCCCGUGGAAGCCCCGUCUGUGGUUAUUAGUCCACAGCUAAACGGCAAUGAUUGA